AUGAAAGCCGGAGCGAUUGACUCUCCGCUGCCCCUGUCUUUGUUGAAGACUGCACAGAACCAUCCUAUGUUGGUGGAGCUGAAGAACGGCGAGACGUAUAACGGUCACCUGGUCAGCUGUGACAACUGGAUGAACAUCAACCUGCGAGAAGUCAUCUGCACCUCCCGGGACGGAGAUAAGUUUUGGAGAAUGCCGGAGUGUUACAUCCGAGGCAGCACCAUCAAGUACCUGCGCAUCCCGGAUGAGAUCAUCGACAUGGUGAAGGAGGAGGUGGUGUCUAAAGGCCGCGGGCGGGGCGGAGCGCAGCAGAACCGGCAGCAGCAGAAGGGGCGUGGCGGGGGCCCUGGCAGAGGCGUGUUUGGAGGGCGUGGCCGAGGUGUGCCGGGGGCUGGGCGGGGCCAGCAGGAGAAGAGGCCUGGCAAACCGCAGGGCGUGAAGAACCAGCACUGAAGAGGAGAGGGGUGGGCGUGAGAGGGGCGGAGCAAGGAGGGCGUGGUCCCGUUCUCCCGGCUCAGACGACGGGCCUGCUGUGGGCAGCCCUCAGCCCAGAGAGAGCGCAGUGGGAGCGGCCUGGACCUCCCAGGCCCCCCGGCUGUCUCUGCCUGCUCACCACCGCACCGCACCCAUCACUCAGUACCGGACACUGGCACAUACAUUUGAGUUCUCUUUUUAUUUUCAAAAGAAAAAAAAUUUGGUUCACAAGCAAUUUAAAAAGUGCGUAUCUGUCGGGUUCUUCAGACACUUUAAACAUUGCUGGUAUGAAGUUGCAUAUUGAAGAUGUUGUUUUAUGUGUAAUUAAUCAGACUUCUGGGACUCUGUCAGCUUUGUAUAUUUGUGUAUUUAAGCGUUCCUAACCCCUGCUCUGCAGGGUGGAAGGCUCAUUGUCUGAGGAGAUGAUGCCAGUUCAAGCGUGAAUCAUAUAGUUUGACCUUCUAUUCACUCAUUUAUUGAGAGAUUUUUUUAGGGGGGAAAAAGGAGCCCAUAAUGUUAAUAUUUCUUUACAUGAGGGGGGAAAAGAACAAGAACAAUAAACAAUGUUUUUUUUUGUUAAACUCAAACAGUUGUUUUAGUGAAUGGAAACUCAUUUCGGUAGCUGCCUACUGUCCAAACCACGCGUGUUUCCAGAGCAGCAGAAAUGAGGAGAGCACCAGCCUGUGUUUGGAGAUGGAUUUCUCUGUGCCUACAGCAAAGCAGUGACUCAGUCUGCAGCUCAGUAUUACCCUCACACCCAGGGACAGAUUUGUU